UACCGUGCACAAUCAACCAGUCCUGAUGGUCCUUUGGUAGAUCCGUGUAAUCUUUUUAUAAAGAAUUUAGAUGUAAAUAUUACCAGUAAGGAUCUUUUUAAUUAUUUCCGUAAAUAUGGUCGAAUCGUCAACGCUCGAGUUAUGAGUGAUCAAGAAACCAGCACGUCUAUAGAUUUCGGAUUUGUACGUUAUACCACUGUUGAAGAGGCUGCUCGGGCUAAGCAGUCAAUGAAUAACAGAACCCUUGGGCCGAAAUAA